AAGAAAUAAAAGAACUGCAGCACCAAGUGAGAGGUCCUACAAGUAAAGCGACAUCAUCAGACGUCAGGCGAUUCGGCGGAAAUUGGGUCAAAAAUAGAUAUUACGAGGACAUGGUGGAUGCCAAGCCGCAGCCACCCACUCCGGGAGCGAUGCCGGGAACGGGGACUCCACCGGCUGGCUUUGCCGGCGAGCGAUCGAAAAUCAAAUUGUUCAUGGAACGGACACCCAGCAUCGGGGCCCUCAAGUCCAAGUUUCUCACAGUGCUGGGCAACAGCAACGAGCUGCUCAACGGAAUAUCAAACAAGCUGACCCUGAGCAGCAGUAGCAGCGAUUCUGACUACUGUGAUGACGAUGAGGAUAUACCAAAGUUUGACGAGACUAUUGAUUACACCAAGAUCGACUUCGAGGGUCGACGAGUGAAGGCUCGACGAGCACACGAGGAGAUUAUCUCAGGACGCUAUCGCCAGCCCAAUUUGGCGCCACGUCCCCGCUUGGAACCAUCGCGGGGCCGUCAUGCGGCCAGCAAACUGGGUGGACCACUCCGCUCGAGUUCCGGCUCCUCGAGCAGCUCCAGUAGCAGCGACGACAGCAGCUCGAUGUCCCUACCCGAGCACAUGGCCAAUCGAUCCCACGUGAGCAGCACCACCCGCUCGGAUUCCAUAGAGUCGCGUCACUCCGGCGGCUAUGAGAGGGCCAGGCAAAUUGCCGGAGCCCGUCGCAGCGAGAUGGACAUGCAGAGGGAUGUGCAGAGGAUAGGCGAUGCGAUGGAAGCCCUGCCGCCGCACAUCGAUGUCCAGCCGCCCACGGAGGGCGGAGCGGGAACAGGGGGAUCCGGAGGACGUCAGCAGUGGGCGGGGGGCAGCAACUCGAUGCGCCUGCCGUCGCGCAGUCGAGCCUCCAAUAGCAGCACUCUGACCAGCCUGCGGGAUGAGCCCGAUCAGCUGUUGGCCAGCCCCAGCAUGGAGUCCACCGACUGGAGGCACUUCAUCCGCUCGGAGUCGCAGAACUCAGUGCCAUCGUGGGCGUCUUCGAUUAGUCUGGAUUGUCGGGCGGGCGAGGAGCCUGUGAAGGAGUUCAUGAAGCACUUUACGGCCCUGCUCUUUGGUGGAUCCCCCAGUGCCGUCGACCUGGAGCUGAAGUCGGAGUUCGGGGUGCUGCUGCGCCUGGAGAUUGGCCGCCUUUGGUUCACCCGCUUCCUCACCGAGCAGCGUCACAAGUCCAAGCGACUCGAUUCGCUGACCUUCAGCGGUCUGGCCCAGUACUUCGCCUUGGCCCUUUUCGAGUGCAGCGAAUGCGAGGAUUAUGGCCCGGCGGCGGUGCUGAUGAACCUCUGCUUCCUCUUCUACCACGAGGUCGAGGUGCCCGGCUGCGAUCCCUAUCGCGAGUACCUCUUCUCCUCGCUGCGGCAACAGCCCAUCUGGCAGCAGGCGCGCUUCUGGAACGCCAUCUUCCACGACGCCCUGCAGGCGGAACGGGAGCACCGGGGUCAGAGUCAGAUGAGGCGGCAAAAGCGACGUCAGCAGAAGCAGCAACAGCGACAGGCAGCCGGAGGAGGAGCCGGAGGAGGAGUGGUAACGGGAGCGGUAGAUGUGCCACCUUCCAAGUCGCAGCGGAAGCAGGGCGGCGACUCCUCGUCCAGCUCCUCGCAUCAGGCGGUGCAAUCAGCCACUCCGGCGGCUCCGGCGUCCACUGGCUCCGUUCCGGCCAAUCGGAGGCAGAGCAAGACCAGCCUCACGCAGGCCCAGUCGGUCAGGGAGCAGGAGGACAUGGCAUUUCGACAGCUCGGAGCCUUGACUUGCAAUAUGCACUCAUUGGGGACUUCUCAAGACGUGUGCCUUGACUUCCUGAAAAAGAAUGUGGUGGCCCUUAACCUAUCUAAGGAUAAAGCCAAACUUAUCAGAGACAAUAUCUAUCGAAUGUACCAUGAGACGCAACUUUGGGGAGCCCGACAUGCCUGAGCAGUAACAAUUGUAAAAGUACCUAACGAAAUCGUGUUUCAAUCUUCGUCUCAACUAAAGCUAAACUUUUGUCUUAAGUCAGCCGACAACUCCAAGCUAAUCCUAACUUAAAGUAGCAGAAUAAUGAAGUUUUAUCUGAAAUCCGAUGUUUUUACUCGCGUCGUUGUAACCGUAAAGAUAUUAAUGAAGUCGGCAUUCUUGUAACUGGGUUUGGUAUGCUAUGAAAUUGGAUUGAGAAUUGCCUACCAAUGAACCAUAAAGCGUUACGAUAAUUUAAAAA